UCCAAAUAAUAGUCAUGUCAUUACUGGCUGCUUUAAAAAAAACACAUGAAGCACAGAUUUGUUAAGAUUUUGUGGCUGUCAUUGGGGCGUUUUAGCAGCUGUCCUGUUUAUUUUGUUUUGAACAUUUGUCUGUGUCCCCUCGUCAAUAUUUAUUACCUGUUUAUUACCUCAUACCCUGUCCAUUUUAAAAUGUUCAUUUUAUAUAACCUGGUCUCUCGUUCCAGGAUCUAAGAAGAUGAGCUUGGCGGUCCAACAACAUGGUGAUAAAUUCAUGGUGGAUGGAACCCAAGAGUAAGAGCAGGCCAAUGAACGGUGAAGGCUGUGGUCUAAGUGUGCCGAGCCCAGCGCAGGCAUGGUAUUUGGGCAAAGCUAAAGACAGAGGGCUAUUUGGUGAAAACUGUCCGUGCUGUUCUGCAAAAGGACAGACAAACGUUCUUCGCUCAUAUGCAAUCAACUUUGAAGAAUCUAUCACAAUUUGUACCAGUCCACAGUGCCUUUACCCUUUGGUCAGCAAACCAUUGGACUAUAAUCAUGACACCAUUUCUUCAUCUCAAGACGUAAAGAAGAUUAAGAGGAACUUUACCGAUGACCUUAAUCAGUCCCCCAAACGGCGAAAAAAAGAAUCUGAUAAUGUAUCUGAGGACACAUUCACUGUGGAUCUUGGUGAUGAUGAUGAAUCUGCCACAUCAUAUGUUGAUGAGUUGUUUGAUAAUAGUUGCAAGGAGCAAAAGGAGAUUGGAAAGCAUGACAAGAAUACAUGCGCUAUGGUUUGCAAUGGCACUAAUGGGGCUCAAGGACCAUCCCAUAAUGCACAAAUUAUAAAUCCUGUGUCUAGCACUCAGGAUGAGAAGUGUAAAACACAUCAGGGGAAUGUAGCUGUUGACGAUUUGAUCGAGAUGGUACCUACUCGACCACACUUAUUUUGGAGAAAUACAAAUAACCUAUGUUGGUUAAAUUCUUUGCUUGUGGCACUUGUACACUUUAGAGCAUUUAGGAAAUCGUCAUAUGAAAAUGUAGGUUUGGCCGACGACAUACCCAACAUUAUGAGGAACUUCUGUGUAAGAUUCAACCAAUCCUGUGCAAAUCUUAGGACCAAGGAGCAACUGUGCCAAGGGAAUAUUGUUCGAGUGCCUUCUGGUGUCCUUCAGAAAACAGAGCAGGACAUGGAAGCUCUUCGUGAUUCUGUCUUGCAACUUCUUCAACCAAAGCUUAAAUACGAAUUGGGUCAGCAGGAGACACCUGUAUUUGCCCUCCCUCUUCUUCUGGACUCAGAUAACUGGGCAUAUAGUCUCCUCCAGCAUACUGGACAAUGGGAGUUUAAGUGCACAAAAUGUGGAUACAAUCUCAACACAAGUGUGGAGAAGACGGUAACAACUUUUACAGAGAUUGUGGCUGAUUGGCACCCACUCAGAGCAGUUCACCGUACGCAGUGCAACAACUGUCUUUGCAAAAAACAGAGGAGGAAAUUGGUUUUACAAAGACUUUCUUCAGUGCUUGCCCUACAUUUUGUUGAGGGACUACCUCGGAGGGAUGUUUCCAGAUACUCUUUCGAUUUUGAAGGCACACAUUACAACAUCAAAACUAUCAUACAAUACAAUAAGCAACACAAGCACUUUGCUACAUGGAUCCACCAACCUGAUGGGACAUGGUUAGAAUUUGAUGAUCUGAAGUACCCUCACUGCACAACCCAUAAAAGAUUUACGCUCCCAGCCAACCAGUUUCACCUUGUCUUCUGGGAGGCAGAGUUGAAACAGAAUUCCGGGCUUUCUGAGCAUCUCCCUGCUGAGAACACCACUUUAGAGAGUACUAAUGAGGGUAACAGGCUUAAGGAUACUGAUGAUUCUCUACCAGAUGAUGUAUGCAUAGUCAAGGCCUUGACUUUAAAUGAUACCAAGAAUGAGGAUGCCAAUACCUUGGAUUCUUCAAUAGGCAGUACUACAUUGCUUGAUACUUUUGAAGGACUUUCCCACAGUGAUAUCAUCACUCUUACACUAGUUGAAGUUGAUGAAAUGGAUGCUAAGGAACCUCUCCCCACUUCCCAGGAAUCAGUUAUAGGGCCUGCUGAGCCAAGUGUCACUAAAAAGUGUUUACUACCAGAGGAAACCUCUUUAAGUCAAACUUCGAACCUCAUUAAUAACAAAAUUAGUUGUGCUCAGAACAUUUCAUCUACCCCUGACAUUGUCCCUUCAGUUGUGAUGACAUCAACAGCAGCUUCACAAGUUAGCCAGUGCCAACCUACCCUACACUCUUCAAACCCUAAUUCUUCACACCUAUCAUUUUUAUUGAAACAGCACCCCUCCCGCCAGUCUACACCCCUUUGUUCUUCACGUUUGAAACCUGACUUAAGAUCUGAAAGCAAUGAGGCUCUCCCAUUCAAGCCUGCUGAGCUUUUCGGUGGCUACAGAGCCAAAAACUCUCCAAAUUCUAUUUUACCUGAAGGACAGUUAAAAAAUCAGCUAGUGAAGCCACUUUCGCAGAAGCCUUUAACCCACCCAGGUGGCAAUACUGCAGUUCAAGCCUUUGCACUUCCGAAGUCUACAAACAAGGACAACCCAAAUUUGUCCCCAUCGAAGACUCUCUCCACCACUGAUUUACUGAGGCUAAAACUCAUGAAAAAGCUAAAGGCCAAGAAAAAGAAACUGGCGAAGUUAAAUCAGCUUUUGUACAAAGAUGACAGCGAGUCCACUCCUAAGCCGGACAGCACACGCGUCUGCUCACCAUACUCCGUCACGUCAGCCUAUAACAGCCCAGCGUAUGAUCACUUUCUUUCGGAACUUCUGUCUCCACCCUUGAGUGCCAGCACUUUGUCACCUGAUAGCACAGAUUUUCUUGAAAAGCUGACCAACAGCCAGGGUGCAGGACCAUUAGAUUGUACCACACAGGAGAACUCAAUACCUGCCCAAUCUGACUUUUCUUCCUCCACCGAUAACUUUCUUGAUGAAUUCAUCUCAGAAUCGGAGCUGCAUCAGUCUGUACACGAGAACACUGAUCUUAAUGCUUUGGAUAUAUUUUUUUGAACAGUGGGGUUUGUCCUCCUCUAUUCCCACAUGUGUGACACUGAUAUUACUAGUUUAAUACAUAAACAUUAAAGAUCACUGUAGAAAUGUAUGUGUUUAGAUACAGGUUUAAAUUAUUUUGGGUUUUUUUUUUUAGUAAAUGUGAAACAUUCUGUUCUACCUUUUAAUCAAUUCACAGACAAAUUUGUACAGUUUGUAAAAAGUUUUGCUCAAGUGUUAAAAUUGUAAUAAAUUAGACUACUGCUUUA